AUGCAAACGGCAGACGCCAUUCGGAAACAUGUCCAGCUGAUUGGAAGCAAGGUGGAAGGGAACCAGGAUGCCGAAGAAGAGAGCUUCUCCAGUAAAAUAAAGCAUAAAGGGCAAUUCGUCGACGCAGAAAAACUGCCCAGUCAGAUCUGGAUGGCUACGACUGCUAUAUAUUCAGAUGGAAAUGAGGCGUCCAAAUUCAUUUGGAGCAUGUGCAUUCAGACGGGAAAAGUCAGUUGA